UUCAAUCAAUCAAUUGAUAGCAAAAAAACGUUGAGUUGCUUUUGUUCGACAUAAACCUUUUAAUCAAUGAUCGAUCUACAUCGGAACUAAAUCCGAAAAAUGUUUGGCUUAAAUCGAUUAUGGCUUUUAUCUUGGAAAAAUUAUAAACUUCGAAUUCGUCAUCCAUGGAUUUUGUUGUUCGAAUUAGCUGCACCUUGUUUGUUUACAAUCAUUUUGGUGACUGUUCGUUUGAUAACAUCAUUCGAUCGGAUCACCAAUACGACUACUUUCCAGCAACGAAAAAUUGAAGACUAUCAAGAAUUCAGCAAUAAAAUGGUUUUGUUUGCCCCACGAACAAACAAGACAAUUGAAUUGAUGAAUAGGUUCAGUAUACUUACAAAAGGCAUAAUAGUUAAGGAUUUCGAAACAGAAAAUGAAAUGGUCGAUUAUUAUGUUCAGCAAAAUUCGGAUUCAAUACGUUGUGGUAUUUGGUUUAAUUCUUUGACAGAGGAUUCGCUGGAUUUUAAACUUCGCUUUUCGUUUGCACCGAAAGGAUUAAGAGAUGAAUUCGAUUUUGAUCAAGUUAAUGAAUUUACAUGGCAAACAUCCCGGAAUUUUCCAAUAUUUCAAAAACCAGGUCCUAGAACUAACUAUUCCGAUGAGGGAGGUCCACCUGCAUAUUAUACAAAUGGAUUUUUAUUUAUUCAACAUUUUAUUUGUCGUGCAUAUUCUUAUCUACAAAAGCCGAAUGAAACGUCGCAAUUUUUCCAUAAUGUUCACUCGUAUAAUGUUCUACGAUUUCCAUAUCCACCAUACAACAAUGAUCAAUUUAUGUUUUCACUUCAAUUCAUGUUUCCAAUGAUUAUGAUGAUCAGUUUCAUUUAUCCAAACGUCAAUCUCGUAAAAAAUAUUGUUUUGGAAAAAGAAAUUCGACUGAAAGAAGUGAUGAAAAUGAUGAAUCUAAAAGAUUGGAUAUAUUGGACGUCAUGGUUUUUUGAUUCGUUAAUUUGGAAUAGUAUCAGUAUAAUAAUCAUAACUAUUUUAUUCUGCGUACCAUUUCGACCGGAUCAUGGAAUCAUAAGUAAUAGCAAUCCGAUUCUCAUACUAAUUUUUUUCAUGGCUUAUAUAAUAUCAUCAAUUUCAUUCUGUUUUCUACUAAGCGCAUUUUUUACUAAUGCCAAUAUAGCUGGAAUAGGUGCCGGUACGAUUUAUUUUCUAACAUUUGUACCAUAUAUGAGCGUGAGCAUGAAUUAUCAGCAACUAUCUCGAGUGGUAAAAAUAGUAAUCAGCUUAUUAUUCAAUACUAAUAUGGCCUUGGGUUGUAUGUUUAUAUCGAUUUGGGAAAGCGAACAUGUUGGCUUACAAUGGUCUAACUUAUCAGAACCGGCUACAUUGGAUGAUAGUGUAACAUUCAAGGAUAUCCUGAUGAUGUUUGCGAUAGAUUCAAUAAUAUAUUUUACAUUAGCAUUAUAUAUCAGUAAUGUUUUCCCGGGUAGAUAUGGUAUACCACGAAAAUGGUAUUAUUUCUUACAGCCUUCGUAUUGGUUUGAAUGGAAAUCAAAAAAUCGAAUACGUUCAAAUGAUAAUGAAAUGCAGGAUAGACAAAUUAUCCAGAAUAAACGUGGUAUUGAAUUAUGUGGCCUAACAAAAUCUUAUAAUCGUGGCAAAAUUAAAGCAUUACAGAAUUUUGAUCUAUCAAUGAAACCUGAUGAAAUCACUGUAUUGCUAGGUCAUAAUGGAGCAGGAAAAACGACACUCAUGUCGAUUCUUUGUGGUUUAAUACCAUCAAGUUCUGGAUCAAUUUAUAUUGGUGAUAGUGAUUCGGAAAAUGAUUUCGAUGAAAUAAGAAAAAGUCUUGGCGUUUGUCCCCAAUUUGAUGUACUUUUCAAUCAUUUAACAGUUCAAGAACAUCUAUGGUUCUAUUGUAAGCUAAAAAAUAUUGAUGAUUCAAAAAUCAAUGACUAUAUUGAAAAGAUGAUAAAAAUGUUGGAUUUUGUCGACAAACGUCAUAAUCAAGCUCAUACAUUAUCGGGAGGAAUGAAACGAAAACUUUCGGUAGGUAUAGCAUUGAUAGGUGAUUCGAAAAUUGUAUUAUUGGAUGAAGCAACAUCCGGUAUGGAUGUUUCAGCUCGUCGAUUUAUAUGGGAUCUAUUGAUCAAAGAGAAAAAAAAUCGUGUUAUAUUGUUAUCCACACAUUUUAUGGAAGAAGCCGAUGUUCUUGGCGAUAAAAUUGCCAUCAUGGAACAAGGCAAAUUAAAAUGUUUUGGCUCACCCAUCGAAUUGAAAAAAGAACACGGCCUAGGUUAUUUAUUGACGCUUGUUGUUCAAGAAGAUCAAUUUGAUAUUAGACUUUUGGCCGAUUUAAUUCGAUCAUAUAUUCAUCAUGCCAAAAUAUUAACUUCAAUAGGACGUGAAGUAACAUUUAGUUUGCCUGAAAAUGAAGCUUUUAAAUUCGAAUCAUUAUUUGCUACAAUUGAACAAAAUAUGACCAAACUUGGUAUUAUGAAUUUUGGAAUUUCAAUGACAACACUUGAAGAAGUAUUCUUACGUGUGGGUGAUUUUGCUCAACAAGGCACCGAACAAAUGAAUAGAUUUUAUGAGGAAAAAAAUCAACAUCUUAAUGAUAAAUUGGACAAAGAAUUAUCAAUGAUUGAAAAAAUCAAACAUAAUUCAUUGAAAUUUAAUCAAGGAUUUCCUCAUCAUCUACAAGUUUAUUAUAGUCUAUUUGUUAAAAAGAUUUUGUUUACUUAUCGUAAUCUAUUCACAUUGUUUGCACAAUUUAUUUUACCCGGUCUAAUAUUAGGCCUAAGCAUCACAGUCAAUCGAAAUCAGAUGAACCAGAAUGCAAUUUCACCACCAUUAUUGUUAAAUAUUGAUAAAUUCCAUGAAAUUGAAGCCACAAUAUUUCAUGAUAAUAAUCAACAAAUGAAUUCACUAUCCAAUCUUUAUCAGAAUAACAUUAGGAAUGCCCAUACGAUCACCAUUGUCGAUGAAAAAGUAAACCAAACUGAUCAACUAAAAGAUUAUGCUAUAGAAUAUUUGGCCAACUAUGGUGCUGAACAUGAAGAUCGUUUCAAUAUGUAUUAUAUUAUUUCUGCAAUAUUUGGAAUGACUGAAAAUGGAAUGAAUAUUAUAGCUAUGUAUAAUAAUCAAGCAUAUCAUUCCAGUGCUAUUUCGAUUUCAAUUGUUGAUGAAACAAUAAUUCAACAUAUUGUUGGUGAAAAUUUUCGAUUAAAAAUAUGGAAUCAUCCGUUUCCUCGUAAACAUUUUGAUAACAUUCAGGCCGUCGGAUUCGAUAUGUCUGAACAGUUGCAAGUAUCGAAUAAUAUUCAAUUUUCUGUUGCUUUUCUUUUGGCUAGCUUCAUCAUUUUUCUUGUAAAAGAACAAUCAACGAAUUUUAAACAUAUUCAACAGAUUAGUGGAUUACAUUUGUUCCAAUAUUGGACUAGUAAUUUUAUUAUUGAUUUCAUUAUUUAUCUGAUUUCAUCAUCAAUGUCAUGUGCCAUAAUAUAUUGGCUCAAUGUGACCAGCUAUAAUGAAUGGAAACAACUAGGCCGAUUGUUUGUCAUAUACGCUAUACAUGGUUUCGCAUCAUUACCAUUUGUUUAUAUUUGUUCGUUGUUUUUUCGUAAUUCAGCUACCGCUUAUGUUCGUCUAGCACUAUAUACACUAAUAUUGGGUACAAUUACAUUUUUGGUCGUAUUGAUACUUGAAAUACCUGCAUUAGAUGUUCUAAAAUUAAGUAAAAUGCUUGAUUAUGUUUUUUCAUUUAUUGUACCUAUUCAUAAUAUGGGUAUGGCAACGUAUGAUUUAUCAUCGAAUGCAAUGGCAUUGGAUACUUGUCUUUCUGAUGUUAUAAUAUUUAAUCAAACAUGGAAUAUUCAACAACUUUGUCACUAUGAUAUUGAGAGUUUAGGAAUGAUCAAAAUGUGCUGUAAAGAAAUAUGCGGAAUGAGAUGCUGGGGAUUUGAGGAGAAUUUUUUCUCGAUAACUAAGCCGGGAAUCGGUUCCAAUUUGCUUGCUAUGACUAUUCAAGGGAUCGUUUUUUGGAUCAUACUUGCCAUAUUGGAAAGUCGAUUGAUAUAUCGAAUCAAAAUAAAAUCAUCACCGACAAUAGAUAAUAAAAAGCAAUCGAGCGAUAUGGAUACCGAAGAAAGUGAUGUUGAAGCCGAAAAUGAUCGAUUAAAACGACGAAGUCUUUUUUCACUAAAUCGAACUGAUUCGAUGAUUGUAAAAAAUGCAAGUAAAAAUUAUGGAAAAUUUCAAGCUGUGCGCGAUAUAAGUUUUGGUGUGAAACGUGGCGAAUGUUUUGGUGUAUUGGGUGAAAAUGGUGCUGGAAAAACAACAAUGUUUAAAAUGAUAACCGGAAGCGAAGAUAUGACCAGCGGUGAUAUUCUUGUCAAUGGUAACAGUGUUAAAAAAGACAUUCGGCUCAUUUAUCGUGACAUCGGCUAUUGUCCACAAUUCAAUGGUCUUAUCGAUCAUCUAACCGGUCGAGAAACAUUGAAAAUUAUUUCGAGAAUUCGUGGAAUCAACGAAAAUAUCAUUGAUGAGCAAAUUGAUGCAUUGAGUAGAUUACUAUUCUUUCAAAAACAUAUCGAUCAACAAAUCAGUGGAUACAGCGGUGGAACUAAGCGAAAACUUAGCUUUGCAAUCUCAAUCGUUGGAAAUCCAUUAAUUGCAUUUUUGGAUGAACCAACUACCGGAGUUGAUCCAGUAUCACGACGAUGUCUAUGGAAUGCUAUACAUAUGGUUCGUAAAGCCGGUUCUUCAUUGGUAUUGACAUCACAUUCGAUGGAAGAAUGUGAAGCACUAUGCAAUCGAUUAAUAAUCAUGGUACAUGGUCGUAUCACCUGUUUGGGCAGUCCGAUGCAUUUGAAACAAAAAUAUGGUGCCGGUUAUAUUGUUCAUAUCAAAUUGCGAAAUCCGAUCGUAGAAAAAUCCAUCCGAGAAUUGGAUAAAUUUAUGCGUACGAAAUUCAUUGAAUGUUACGUAGAUGGAAUUCAUAAUAAUAUGGUUGUAUACAAAAUUCAAACAAAUCAGAUAAAAUUAAGUCAAUUGUUUGGUAGUAUUGAACGAUCAAAAGAUUUAUUAUCGAUUGAAGAUUAUUCCAUCUGUCAAACAUCAUUAGAACGAAUAUUUCUAUCAUUUGUACGUAAAUCAAAAAAAUGAAGCAAAUUCAAAUUCAUCAAAAAUCAUCGAUAGAUGGCAUGCAUACACA